GCUCAUGCUCAAAUAGAAUCCAAGAUGGCUGCUCACAUGUCAAGAUUAAGGGGCUGGAGCCGAGCACAGAGGUUUGGCGUCGCGGUUUGUAGACCGUACAGCAGCGGCGGCGCGUGUCCCAGCGUGUCCCUGUCCACGCCGUUACCCGGGAUCCCCAAACCCGUCUUUGCCUCCGUGGACGGCCACGAGAAAUACGAGACUAAAAUCACCACCUUAGAAAACGGACUCAAAGUCGCAUCUCAGAAUAAAUUUGGUCAAUUCUGUACAGUUGGGAUUUUAGUAAAUUCAGGCUCGCGGCAUGAAGCAAAAUAUCCCAGUGGAAUUGCACACUUUUUGGAAAAGCUUUCAUUUUCUUCUACAGCCCAAUUUGGAAGUAAAGAUGAAAUUCUCCUAACACUUGAGAAACAUGGAGGCAUAUGUGACUGCCAAACAUCCAGGGACACAACAAUGUAUGCGGUUUCAGCGGAAGUUAAGGGUCUGGAUACUGUAGUGAAUCUCCUGUCAGAUGCGGUUCUGCAGCCCCGUUUAUUAGAUGAGGAGAUUGAGAUGGCCAGAAUGGCUGUUCGGUUCGAGUUGGAGGAUCUGAACAUGAGACCUGACCCGGAGCCUUUACUAACAGAAAUGAUUCAUGCUGCUGCAUACAGGGGCAACACUGUGGGCCUGCCUCGCUUCUGCCCUCCCCAAAAUGUUGAGAAAAUUGACAGGAAGUUGCUUCAUAAAUACCUACAGAGCUAUUACUGUCCGGAGCGCAUGGUGCUGGCCGGGGUUGGGAUUGAACAUGAGCAGCUUGUGCAGUGUGCCAGAAAGUAUCUCCUAAAUGUUGAACCAGUAUGGGGUGCGAGCACACCUGCCAACGUCGACCAGUCUGUAGCACAAUACACGGGUGGCAUUGUUAAGAUGGAGAAGGACAUGUCAGAUGUGAGUUUGGGUCCAACACCCAUUCCUGAACUAGCACACAUCAUGAUUGGGCUGGAGAGCUGUUCCUUUUUGGAGGAUGACUUCAUCCCCUUUGCGGUCCUCAAUAUGAUGAUGGGAGGCGGGGGGUCCUUCUCUGCUGGAGGGCCCGGAAAAGGCAUGUUCACCCGUCUCUACCUUAAUGUGCUCAACAGGCAUCACUGGAUGUACAAUGCUACUUCAUACCACCACAGCUAUGAAGAUAGUGGUCUGCUCUGUGUCCAUGCAAGUGCAGACCCUAGACAGGUGCGAGAAAUGGUGGAGAUCAUUACGAGGGAGUUUAUUCAGAUGGCUGGGACAGCAGGAGAAAUGGAGCUAGGGAGAGCCAAGACGCAACUGAAAUCCAUGCUCAUGAUGAACUUGGAGUCACGACCGGUCAUCUUUGAAGACGUAGGUCGACAAGUACUUGCGACAGGCAAGAGGAAGCUGCCACAUGAGCUGUGUGAGCUCAUCAGUAAUGUUACAGCCAGUGACAUCAAGAGGGUUACAACGAAAAUGCUGCGUAGUAAGCCUGCGGUGGCAGCACUGGGAGAACUGACAGAGCUGCCCUCAUACGAGGACAUUCAAGCCGCUCUCUCUAGUAAAGACGGACGUCUGCCUCGCAUAUAUCGUCUGUUCCGAUAAAGGACUGAACGCUGGUACCAUCUCGAGGCAAAUAUGAGGACUGACCCAACAAAUAUUACUCUGGACUGGAAUUCAAGUGCAAUGCUUGGACUGUGGUUGCAUUUCAUCUAUAAACUUAAGUCUAAAACAAUAGUUGACCCAAAAAUUCCGUCAUUAUUUAAUUACCCUCAUGUAGAUAUUUUAAAACUGUAGGACUUUCUACUGUGGAACAUAGAAGAUAUUUAGUCUAUAAAUUUCUAUAUGUCUAUAAAAGUCACUGGGCUCUAAUAGGUUUGGUUCUUCAAAAUAGCAUUUCUGUUAUGCCGAAGAAAGCAAGCGUUGUAAUGGUAUGAGGGUGUGGAAGAGACAUUUUAGAAACUGGCCGAGUUUAAAUUCACACACCAAUGCAUUAUUUUGCAUGAUUUUGUUGAAUUCAUGUGUUUAAAGUAAAUGAAUGUGUUAACUUCA